GGCAUGCUCAGCUUGCUGGACUUUCACUCAUUUGUCAUGCUUUGUUGCUGGCCGGAUCAACACGUUGAAGAUUUCCUGCUGAUAUCAGACGGAAACUCCUCAACUAUUACACAGCAAGAUGAAAACAGCAUGAAAAUACCGUCUUGUACCGUGAAACCGGGUCGUGCUAGGAAGCUCGUGGUUCAGUCGCUGCCUUCGAUGGAGGUUUUCUACUCGCUAGAAGUUUCUUCUGAGUCUUGGUUGAUCCAGAAGGGAAUCAGUAUGGACCCUUUCUAUUUGCUGGAGGGAGUUUUGGCGAACACAAAGAGCAGCCCUGAAGAUCCCGUGUCUACUGUUGUGAUCAGAUGCUUCACAGAGGCGCUGCCAGAGAACAGACUGAACAAACUUCUGUAUAAGCACAAGUUUGAAGAAGCAGAGAAAUUCGCCAAAGCCUUUGGACUUGAUGUUGAACUAGUGUAUAAGGUUAAGCUCAAUGUUGUGCUGGAGAAGCUGAUCUCAGCAUCAGGCAGUGAUCAAACCCUGGAGUGGCCCGAGCUCAUCGAAGAGGCCAAGACCAACCUGAUGAAGAUCAUGGACGAGCAGUUUGUGGUGCAGUACUGUCUGACUGCUUCUUGGCCUUCUCUGAGCAUCGCUGAAGACAUGUUGAGUUACACCUCGAACCGCUUCCCCUGCUGCCAGAUCCAGACAGCCCUGGCUAAGCUCGCCACCUUCGCUAGCGUCUGUGGACCUGACCGCUUUGAGGGCAUAGCAUGGAUCGAGUUCUUGAACAGUGUGGAUUAUCUCCGAGACAUCCUUGCUCUUCUGAAAGAGGGCAAUCUUAGUGGAGCACAGUACUUGUGGCUUCGACACGAGGGAGAGUUUUCCAGGGAGUUUGAUGAGAGCUGCCUGCAUGCUCUGCUGGGCUCCAUCUCUUCUGACGUCUCCUCACAGGACCUGCGGCUGUGGUUUAAGGGGGUUGUGGUCCCGUUUGUGUGGAGAGCGUUGCCCAGCGGACAGAAAAUCCUCGCCAGGUGGUUGGAGCAACGUGCGAGGAAUCUGGAGUUAACAGAAAAGAGUGACUGGCCUCAUAAUGGACUGGUCCUGGCUGAACUUGGCCUGCCUUCCCUCUGGAGGUCUAUGGGUUUGGCUGAAAACUGUGUAUCAGAAGAAGUGCUAAACCUGCGGUCACUGGUGGCUAACCUCAGACAGCUGUGUGAGCUCGACUCCAAAUACAGCUGCCGUCUGUCACUGUCCGACUACGAAAGGGGAAGCACGCGCAGCAUGGCCUUCCUGAUGCUGGAUAAGGUGCAGGCCCCGGAGCUGGUUCCUGCUGUGAUUAAGAGCAGUGUUCAACCCUAUGCUCUUGAGAACGGAUUGGACCUGGACCAGACCCUCUUACACUACAUCAAGGAGCUGCUAGACUGCUGCAGUUCUCAGAUCACUUCUCUCUUCACUGAAUGGGAGGCCAAAGCUGUGGCUGUGCUGCGCUGCAUGACAGACACGAAUAAGGUGAUGGAUGCUGUGAUUGAGAUCAUGUACAAGGCGGUGGUGCCCUGGAGUGACACGGUGGAGAAGCUCGUUCAGCAGCACCUGGAGAAGCAGCAUCCGAAGCAGGAGCUGCUGAGAGAGGGGUACAGACUGAUGGAAAUAAAGAAGCUUCUCAGAUGCUACGGCAUCCGCAGCUUAGCCCUUUCUAACGCUCGUGAUGUCAUGAUGCUUGUGAGGCACAUCCUAAAACAGGACCUGCCCACCUCUCUCGAGGACUCGCUGAAGUUAAUCGAGGCCUACAAACUAAACCCAGCAGAGAUCCACCAUCUUCACUGCAUCCAUCUCAUCCAGCACAAUAAGAGGGAGAAGUGCGUCGCUCUGCUGAAGAACCUGCUCCAUCCUGAAGCAGAGCUUGUGAUCGAGCGCAUGGCCUGCUGGGCAAGACUUGAACUUCAAGACAAGCGGCACGUUUCUCAAGAGCAGAAGAAAAUACAAAUGCUAAUAUCGCAGAUUAUGGUUGAAGCUUUAAAGUACCUGCAGAGCAUUCAGACAGAUGAUGCCUUCAAGAAAACUGAAUGUGAGAACAAUCUGAAGAUGUUCACAGCCAUUGCUCAUCUUCAGGAAGACUUUGACAUCUUCUUGACCCCAGAGGAAUAUGAUGAUCCAGCAGUGAGACACAAGUUCAACCAGCAGCUCAUCACUGCAUAUGAGAACGCACAAGCAUGGCGGCGCUCAGGAAGACGGCACCCUGACGAGGUUUCCAGCGGUCAUCUGAAGGACAGUGAUCCAGAUGGGAAGACGAAGAGCCUGUCCACUGAAGCGGGGCUCCACCGGCUGGCCAGACAGCUGCAGAAGACGGAGCAGGAGCUGUGGGCAGACCUGGCGCUGAGAGCUCUGGAUGCUGGAGACGUGGAGAAAGCCUUACAGAUCCUCAGGGAGCUGUACCAGCACCACUCGACCUGCAGCACAGGACAGGUUCUGUUCAGCACGGCCCAGCGCCUCUGUCAGAUGCUGGAGGAAAACAUCCCCAUGGUUCUGCCUGAACAGGUUAACCUGCCUGCUGUCAUCCAUGGGCUGGCCUGUCAGGCCAUUACAGUCUGCCACAGUGACCUUCUGCUGGACUGUUUGGAGCUGUGUAAAAGCACCAGAAGUGCUACAGAUGUCUACAGACAAUGUCAGAUUGAAGAUUUUGGAUUUUUUACUAAGGAAUCUGCAUUGAGUGGUGAAGAGGAUGCAUACACUGAAUCUCAUUUCCAGGAUGUCUUUAAUGAGGACUGCAUUGUGCUGGAUCCAGUCUCAGUGCUUCCACUGCAGUAUAAAAUCACCAGAAAUCUGUUGCCACUGGCAGAAUCGAGGCUUUAUCCUUUUGGUUGUUCCUGCCUGUCAUACUGUGAUCUCAAAGUAGGCACUGAUUUGGUUGGGCCUUUGCUCAAUCCCUUGGCCUCUAUGCUGCAGAUGCUGCAGGAGUGCAGUCAGCUAGAACUGGCUCUGCGACUUCUGAUGGAGUCCUACGGCAGCAUUUUAAUGCACUUUGUUUCUAACAACAUGGAUAUCUCUCUAAGCAUGCAGCUUCAUUCUAGCAACCGCUUGGCCAGAGACAAACAGACUCUUGACAGGAUAGAGAAAACGGUUCUCUCGUCUGUCACUGUGGUUGUGGUCUCCUUGUUACAGAAGGUGCUCAACUGGAGAGUGGUCGACUCUGAUCUGGCCAUCGGGCUUUGUACCAUUUUGCCCAAGGCAGCGGUUGUGGAUAUUCUCUGGAAGAUGAUCGCCAGUGCCUGGCAAAAUUAUGAAAAGAUUAAGGUUGUUGCAAUGGUGGGAGCCCAUCUAAGUUUUUUGUAUAAGGAUGAAGAGGAGAGGGGGAAGUUUCUGUCUGUUAUCACUGAUGCAGAGUGGGGCGUUCAGCUGGGCAAACUCGGGGUCUCCAUCCAGUCAGUGUUUAGGCAGUGCGCAGAGACGAAGAGAAACUUGAUUCCUACACUUGUGAAAAACAGGAACAUCACUCCUGACAUCAUACUGCAUUACUGCAGCACGUUUGGAUUGGACAGCGGUUCUGCCAUCAAUUUGUACAUCACCACUGUACUGCUGCAGGAGGAUAGGUGGUAUGAAAUGGAGAUUGCAGAAGGCGAUGCCAAAGCUAGCCUGCAGUGUGAAGAGUCUCCGCUAGGAAGAGAUGACAUGCUCGAAAGUGCCCUUCAGAUCGUUCCUCAGCUUGGCUCUACCAAAGACCUUGUAAUCAGUCUCAACACAGCCUUGACCAAGCUAAAUCCAUAUAACUAUGAGUGGAUCGAGAGAGUGCUCAGAACUAUUCAGAUGGCUGAUGAGACCACAACCCUGCUACCCCUUGGUCAGAUGGUGGGAUUACUCCAGCAUUUGAAGUCGCACAGAAGGAUCUCGGCCCCCACAGACCUGGAGAGCUCAUAUCUUUUGGAGAACGGUCUUGAACCCACGGCUCUAGCUCACACCCGCCUGCCCUUUCAUCUGCUCUUCCAGAACAACCACGCCUUCUGGAAAACUGUCUCUCCAGAACUUAGUGAGGACACUUUACCCACGCUGCUCCUCAUCUGUAAAUUAAUGAAGGUUAAUCCUGAUAAGCUGUAUGUUUUAGCUGUGAACCAUGUGUUCAAGAAGAGUCUCUUGCCUUUGCUAACGGAUCAGGCAAAGAAAAUCCAGAUGGUUGCUCCCAGUAAAGAGUUGUCUCGUGUGACUCGGAGUAUCUUUGAACACGCGCUGUGCAUCCAGAAUCUGGAACUUGCUGCAGCCACAGUCCAUAAAAUUGCCCAGGACCUUCCUGCAGGUGCACAAAAGACAGAUUUCUUGAAGUUCAGUUUGGAACUCGUGCACAAGUUACUGCAGUCUGAUACUCUGGAGCACAAUCUGCAGACUCGAGGUGAAGCGCUGAUCUCUAAACUGCAGUUCCAGUAUCAGCGGUCGGCCACAGAGAACGCUCUGCUCUCGUCUCAGCUCAGCUCUCCAGAGCUGCUCAAGCUCACAGGACUGCCAGGGCGUCUCAUCGUCGCUCUGUUUGAGCACAGCUCGGUGCUGGAGCGGAUGACUAGCCCUGCUGGCCUCACCUACCCUGACAUUCACAGCGUGGCCAAAGAUAUUGCCUCCAUCAAUGGUGUCGAUCUUUUGAAGAUCCGGAACAUUCUUCUGGAGAAGUGGUUGUGUCAAACAGGGCAGUCGAAUGGCAAGGACAAUCAUCAGGACAGUGUGACUAAUAUAAAUGAUGAUCCUGAUCUCAUGAGAGUUGUUUACUUGCUGCAGAUGCACCCUAUGGAUAUAAGUGCUCGGUUGCUCAGUCCCAUCCUGACAGCACAGACAUGGCCCCUGGGAGGAUCAGGCCUUCGUUUGACCUUCGAACACCGCAGUCGAGCUCUGCUCUGUCUCACUCACUUAGCAGAUGCUGCCACCUUGGAGACACUUUCCAACCAGCCUAGCAGCAAAAUCCAAUAUUAUUUGAAGUGCUACAUGUACCUUGCCCAGAUGGAGGCCCUGAACAUUCCCUAUACCUUGGAAAUGUUCAUCAGCAGCCCCAAGGAAGGCAUGAUCAAGGGUUUAUGGAAGAACCACAACAAUGAACCUCAGGGGCAAAGUCUUUCCCGGAUAUGGCGGAGUGUGAUUCAAGCCCCUUUCUUGACAGCCUCUCUGCCUCUCAGCCCUCGACAGCAUGAUGUGAUGUACAACACAUUUGUCCUGCUUCUAAAAUGUCCAUUUGUAUUGACGUUGGAUCUGGUUGGCAUCGCCAGGCGGUUUGCUCAGUUCAGCCUGCAGGCCUUCUCUCUGGGCACACUCUUGCUCAUACCUUGUGCCAGAAAGAAGGACACACAGAUUCAAAGCUUCCUGUUAUCCUGCAACCCUUCCCUCAUUCUGGAUCAGGUGGAGGAACGCAUGAGCACCGGAGAGUUAGCAGGCAUUCCUUCACAGAUUAGAGACACUGUGUUCACCUUUCUUUGUGGAAAUGGCAAGUCGCAGAUGUUGAUGAAGACCAAACACUUCACUUAUCUGAAGAAGCACUUGAUCUCAAAGGCUCAUUCUGAAAUAGUGCAGGAGCUGCUGAACUGCCUUGUGGGACAAAAUGGUGAAGAGGAGGCCAUUUCUUUUGCCCAUGAAUAUCUGAAACACAGAGAGCUGAAAGGAGGGCAAGCGGCUCCGCUGAGCAACACUUUCUCUGAUCCUGUCAGGGAAUUUUUGGAAAAGGCCCUGGAACCCAGAGUUACACAAACAUCAGCAUAAAUAUCUGUUGUCUGUGGGUAAUAAUAUAGUAUAGUAUAGUAAUAAUAUUAUCUGCUUGCACAUUUUACAUUGAAUAUUAUUACAGUAUUUCAGUACUGAUGUUUUGUGAUUAUAAACACCAAGUGGAUGUAGAUGCAUACCUGCUUUACAAAUAAAAACUAU